CGACCUUGUCUGUGCCUCUUGUACUUCGUAUGCGUAGCACGCAGAACCACCAGCGGCGUUGCUCCCAUCUGUCCGUGACAGCGACUCGAUCUCUCCUCGCCCUCUCCCCCACGUCUGCCGACUCGAGAGCCGCCGUCGCCCGCCAUGGCGAACAAGCGCAAGCUCAAGCCGCAGCAGCAGCGGACCAAGCCGAAGCCUCUGCUGGAACGGCGCACGGGUGGCUCAAGCAAGGCACGUCCCGAGCCGCCGCCGAAGAAGAAGCAAAAGACGAAGCAGCAGCAACAACAGCAGCAGCAGCAGCAAGCCCAGCAUGAGAAGCCCACCAUCCCGUUCGAGCCCGAGGACCGGAUACUGCUCGUCGGCGAGGGCGACCUUAGCUUCGCGGCGAGCAUCGUCGCGCAUCACGGGUGCGUCAACGUCACCGCGACGGUGCUGGAGAGGGACCAUGCCGAGCUGGUCGCCAAGUACCCGACCGUCGAUGAGAACAUUGCGGUCUUCAUGGGCACGGCACUUACUAAAGAGAAGAACAACGAUGGUCUGCGAGGGGACAAGGAAGAGGCGAGCAUCGCCAAGGAUGGUGACCAGGCCCAAGGCGACGACUGCAGUGACCAGGAAGAAGACGACGACGACGACGAAGAUGAGGGGGAGGACGGUCCCGAAGACGGCCCGGAACAGGAAGAAGACGAUGAAGAAUCCUACAGCGCCGACGAAGACGAAGACGACGCCGACGCCCCCAGACGCAAACCUCCCCUCCCCAAAAACAACAACCUCCUCUACCACAUCGACGCCACCAAGCUCACGCCCGCCCUCCUCCGCGCCCCGCACUUCCAGCACAUCCUCUUCAACUUCCCGCACGUCGGGGGCAAGUCCACCGACACGAACCGCCAGGUGCGGCACAACCAGUCCCUCCUCGUCGCCUUCUUCGAGCGCGCCACCCCGGCCCUCGCCCCCGGCGGCUCCCUCGUCGUCACCCUCUUCGAGGGCGAGCCCUACACGCUGUGGAACGUCCGCGACCUCGCCCGCCACGCCGGCCUCGCCGUCGAGCGCAGCUUUCGCUUCCAGGCCGCCGCCUACCCGGGAUACCGCCACGCACGCACCUGCGGCGUCGUCCGCAGCAAAAGGGGCGACGUCGUCGGCGGCGGCGGCUGGCGCGGCGAGGACCGCCCCGCGAGGAGCUACGUCUUCAGGAGGAAGGGCGAGGUGCAGGCUGCGGAGAAGAAGAAGAAGAGGAAGAAGGGCGACGAUUCCUCUGACGAUGACGAUGAUAACUGAAGCAUUGGAUACCCCGGCGUGCGCCGCCUACGUUGCACUCGUACUUCGUACAUAUCGUACCUAGCUAGAUCUGUUACUAGGCAUCUCAACAGUCAUCCUGUACACUUGACGAGUCUCCAUGCCAAGUCCAUGUGUUGGCUGUGCCAGCUUUCGCCAUGUAAAGC